AAUCAAAUGAUUUUUGAAAAAAGAACAACAAAACUGUUCUUCACCUCCCCCCAUGGAUGAUACUUUUCCAGUAGAAUUCUGGCAUAAUGAUCUCUUCUGGCUCGAUGCCCCCAUCUCCGUCCCCGUCCCCGUCUCCGCUCCCGCCCAACAACAAAAAAGUGCUUUCGUACCAUAUCUGUCGCGACCCAAUUUCCGAAUCGAGCAAAAAAACAAUCUCGCCCCCGCCCCCGUCCCCGCCGCCUCUAAUUCCGUUAACAAGCGGGUGAUUGAGUACUGGAGAAAGCAAUGGCAUGAGAAGAAAGAAGCGGCAGCUCUAGGCGAUCUAGAGAGAGAGAAAUGUCACAGGCACAUGAUGAACGAGAGGACGAGAAGAGAGAGAGAGAAACAGAGCUAUUUGGGAGUCCACUCCCUGCUUCCCAAGAAAACUAAGAAUGAUAAGAACUCCAUAGUUCAAGCGGCGGCGAGGACGAUUCAAGAGCUGAGAGCCUCGGAGGAGAUGUUAAAGAGGAGAAACACAGAGCUGGAGAUGGCGAUAGCGGCGAAGAACAGAGAGAAUGCGAAAGGAACAAAACCCAUAAGGUUGGAAUUGGCCAAUCCUUCAUCUGGGAUCGAUUCAAUGUUGGCUGUUCUUAAUGUUCUUAAAACUGGACGCAUAAAUCCCAAAGCCAUUCAUGCCAAUUUCUUCAACUCUCUGUUUUCAGCCCAAUUAGCCAUUGAUGAUACCCGUAUGGGAGGAGCCGAAGUGGAAAGAGUGUUGCAGGCGACGGUAAGGGAAGCAGAUAGGAGAUUUCGAAGGCAAUGCUAGGAAGGAUCCAAAGACCAAAAAUAAAGCCAUUUUUAAUUUAAAAUAACAAGUGGUGGGGGGGUACA